CCGUGCCGAUCCAGCCCGGCGCAGAUCGGCAAGUGCGGCGUUUGGAAACGCGGGGACCAUUGUUCUACCCCACUCCGAUUCCCGCACCUCCCGAUUAGCACGGUUGGCUACGUGCGGCAUGCGAAAGAAGUUCAACGUACACACACAUACGUCUCCGAUGGCAACCCUCCCUCAGCCAGUGGUGGAACUUUCACAUUCCUACAGAGGCUGGACCAGUUCACCCACCGAAAACUGGUAACAUCCCACAAAAGCGGUGUUCAUUUUACGUGCGACGGUCACGGUGACGAUUGGAUGAGCUUUUCUUUAUUAACCCAUCUUUUGAACUGUGGCGUCGAAAGCUCCUGAGCAUCGUGCAGACAAUUUUUUUUUUAAACAAUAGAACAAUCUGCGGCCCUUUGUGUCAAUGUACUGCCGGAUGAGGGUCUCCCCCCACGCUGUGCUGGUUGUAGCGGAGCGGGGUGGGGGGGAUUAUUUGACCAUACUUCACCACCGACGGCGUCACCGCUCGGGAGCAUUUUACCAACACUUUAAGGGCAUGGGAGCGCACGUGGGCCACGAACAAUGUUCAACCAACAAUGUUUAACCAAAAUGCGAACCCUGUGCAAACCUUUGGCACUUGUGGGUCUCCUGACAAUGGAUUGAAGACACCGCCCCCCCCCCACCCCCCCGGAACAUCCUUAGAAUCCAUUAGUACAGCUCCGUUGGUGCGCGAGAGGCCACGGUGAGAUGUUGUCGCUCCUUCCAAAUUAGGGGGGACUACGAAUCGACCGGACCGCAGGCACGAAGGCCGCCGCCGGCGCCGCCGCGUCCUCUGAAGCAUCGCGACGUCGCAACGGAGUGUGUGGGGCCAUGGAUCCCGUGGUGUCGUUCGAUGGCAGCAAGGUGGAGCUCUGCGACGGUGCGGCCAAGGGGGCCCAAACGGCGCUCGAGAAUGGAAACGCCUUCUCGAUGGACACGGCGAGCGGUCGCGCCAGAGCCGCCAUGGAGCCGGUGGUGAUGUCACUGUGGCUCAGGGCCCUGAGUUUGCUGCUGAUCGUUGUGGACCUGGCCCUGGUCGUGGCCGACCUCUCGACCCCCGCGAAACCCGCCGUGGCUUCCCGUGCCCUCUCCGCCUCCUCGCUCGCCAUCUCCGUCUUCUUCUUCGUCGACGUCGCCCUCCGCGUCUUCGUUUCGGGAUUCAGGUCGUAUUUCCGGGAGAGGCUGAACAUCGCCGAUGCGGGCAUCGUCAUGAUCACCCUCAUCGUCUCCAUCGUGUACACGUCCAUCGACCUCUCCGGGACGGCUCUACUACCCCGGCUGGUGAGCGUGCUGCGCGUGCUGCGCUUGAUUAUGAUCAUUCGUGUCUGGCGCCUCGUAUCCCAGAGGCAUCACCUGGAGAAGGCAUCUCGACAGAUGGUUUCUCAAAACAAGCGACGGUACCGGAAGGAUGGGUUUGACCUUGAUCUCACCUAUGUGACAGAGCGUGUGAUCGCGAUGUCGUUCCCCUCCUCUGGAACCCAGUCCAUGUACCGCAACCCCAUCAAGGAAGUGCAGCGGUUCUUGAAUUCAAAACACAUGGACCACUACAAAGUCUACAACCUGUGCAGUGAGAAGGGCUACGACGCCAAGUACUUCCACUACCGCGUGGACCGCGUCUUCAUCGACGACCACAACGUCCCGUCACUCGCGGACAUGGUGAGGUUCACUGCCAGCGUUCGGGACUGGAUGGCCCAAGAUCCCAAGAACAUCAUCGCCGUCCACUGCAAAGGGGGCAAAGGUCGCACGGGCACCAUGAUUUGCACCUGGCUGAUCGACAGCGACGAGUUUGAGGGAGCCCAGGCGAGUCUGGAUUACUUUGGCGAGCGCCGCACGGACAGAACGAAGAGCGUCAAGUUCCAGGGCGUGGAGACUCCGUCCCAGAGCCGCUACGUGGGAUACUACGAGGCCAUCAAGAGGGAGCACAACCGGCAGCUGCCCCCCGCGAAGAGACUCCUCAUCAAGGCCUUCGUCAUCCAGGCCAUACAAGGGGUCGGUCGGGGCAACGGCAGCGACCUCAGCGUGGAGGUCAUCGUGGACAAGAAGGCGGUGCUGCUCGCCGACUGCGGAACGAUGCUGCACUGCAAGCUGUUCCACGAUGCGGCGAGGGACGCGGUGCGGAUCGGACUCGCCCCGCCGCUGCUCGUGAGCGGGGACGUCAAAGUUAAAUUCCACUCGUCCGCGGGCCUGGCUAAGGGCUAUGAUGACUGCCCCUUCUUCUUCUGGUUCAACACGACGUUCAUCGAGAACUAUCGGCUGUUGUUACCACGGUUCGAGCUGGACAACCCUCACAAGCAGGCCACGUGGGCCACCUACCGGGAGGCCUUCUCCGUGGAGGUCGUCUUCUCGGCACCGGACGAGCCCGGCGCGGACAUGCAGGGGCCCGCACAGAUCGACGCUCAGGAAACAGUGUGAACUCCAUCUCCGUGCGGGACGUCUCCCCGCCACCCCCCCCCCCCCCACACACCGAGCCACACAGCCCACUUGUUGUACGGACAGCUCGUGUGCGGCGAGACAAGUUACGCAAGUUGAUCGGAAUAUUCGCAGGAGAGGGGGGAUCAAAUUCUGCACUUGUCGAUUCUUGAAUUCCAACGAAAACAUUUUCAAUCACUUUCGGCCGUUCAUAAUUAGAGAGAGGUUUUUUUUGCGUUGGGUUAGAUCGCGUGAAUAUAAAUGUGUCGUUAAACCUGCCACUACCCGACGCGGCCAAUUAGGUAAGGUUUAAUCUAGAUUUGAAGCUUUCGUGAUUGCAGGAAUCCAUACUCUUUGGUUCUUUCGGUAAAAUCACGUAGGGCAUAAAAUAAGAUGGAUACAAAUUGAGCAAUCAUUGGAAGGAUGUUAUUAACCAGGUUAAACCCUAACUGCAUUGUAGUGGUUGUCGUCUAUCAUAUCUGCCGGGUACUACUCUAUUUUUCUGAGUUAACUUCCCCCCCCCGCAUCCCCAGCUCUCUCAGGCCUCCCACUCCCAGCCCUGCCCACUCCCCCCCCCCCAGCCUCACGUCCCUCUCCUAGCGUCCACGCAGCCCCCCCCUCUCCCUACCCCCACCCCUCCCUCUCCCCCCUGGCUCCUCCCCCUUUCUUACCUAUAUAACCUCUUACCACGGCAACUCUCUCUGCCACUUCAGCAAAAACAUUUCUUGCUGUGGGUUUCCCACCUGAUGAUGAUUGCUUGUGUUGCAAUCGAAACGUCGUAAUUUAUUUUUAUUUUAUACCUACGUGACUUUACCGAAAGAACCAAAGAGUAUAGGUAAGGUUUGUCACUCUUUGGUUCUUUCAGUAAAGUCACGUAGAUAGAAAACGAAUAGAUCACGACGUUUCGAUCGCAACACAAGCGAACGUCUUCAGGUGAGAGAGAGAGAGAGAGCUACUGAAACGAGGUCUUAUAUAGGCCUGAGAUGGGUGCAGCCUCAGGGUAACAGGGCGGGGCUAGAGAUGGUCUGCCUGAGGCUGUGGAAGUGGCCAUUGUAUUGUGAGAGAUCAGCAUGUCAAUGCACGAGCUUAGUAUGCCGCAGCAUCGGUGACUUGCCUAGUAUGCUACUCGUUCGGCAUGAAACCGCUUGUGUGUUGGAGAGUAAAACCUACUACGACAUUUCAAAUUCGAGUACCGUGAAGUUUCGCUGGUAAUUACAACAACAACAAUAAGAAGAAGUGUCACAGCCAUAGAGUUUUGGAGGAAUCCCCCUCCUGUUUCAGUCUUAAAUAGAGGUGGGGGUACAUGUGAUGGCUUCAAUUGUUAGCCAAUCAGGAGGGAAGACCAGAGGGGAUUAAUAUAUCUAUAUAUAUAAAAGUCAAAAAAAUUUCUGUUUGUGUGUGGCUUUGUUUGUGUUCGCGCGCUUGCGAGCAAUUUCGCUCUCCAAUGGUGAUGUUUACGUAAAAUAAAAAUAGCCAGGCACCACGCCGUAAGCCCCGCCGUGAGCAAGCGCUAUUCCUUUUUCACAUCCGUCAACUUUAAAUUAGUUUAAUGAUCGAUUUAGUGCGAUUUGUGCGCCUUUUAUUUAUUUACGACGCAUGCACGACCAUACCAACUCACGCGCCUUUGGUGGGGGGGACGGCCCAUGCCAAGUCGCACGCCUUCGGUGGGAGUGAGGGGGACAUUUUCUUUUGCGUUAAAAAAGCUAUAAAACUACACUAAACGCUGACGUUAAUUAUUCACUGUGUGAUGUCCCCCCCACCCCGAUGCGUGUAGUUACUACUACUAUACUUUCGAUAGAUGCUACCACUAUAGGUCCUAGAUAUUACUGCAGAGCGGCCGGGGAGAUCGUGGCUGGGGGGGGGGGUCAGGGGUAGCAGCCCAGCCCCAGCCUGCCAAGGUGCCACCUCGGCUGGCUGGACAAUCUAGGUGAGGCCGGAGGCUCUACACCAGACUAGGCCUCACCAAGCCACUCUGUCAGGUGAGUACUUUGUGCUAUAGAGUCCAUAAAUACUGCUAUAGAGUCAGCAUGUACUACUAUAGUGAUAGCAGGUACCACCACGGUCGGUAUGCACUGCUGUAAUCAUAGCAGGUACCAUUACAGUCAGUACACACUGCUGUUACAUUUUAAAGAGUAGUUUUGAAAUGUUUUUUUGGCCCAGUCAACGUCGGGUAUAUAAGCUAGUGUAGUCAUAAAUUACAAUGGAUAUCUAUUAAUGGUUGGGGCAUUCACAGUUAAUCAACAUACAUAAUAUAUUUACACUACGUAUACAUUUGCGUGCAUAUUGUGUACGUGUAUUACAUACGUACAUUAUGUGUGUACAUUUUUGGUGCAAAAAUCGCCAUACCUGUUAUUGGCCGCUUACAGUUAAUCACCAUUGACGUAUGGUAACCCGUGUCGACAUGCAAUUAAACAGCGUAGUAUUACUUGAUAAUGCGCUUUCAAGCAUCACUCAGCCUGUAGCUAUCAGAACGGUCGGCAUAGUUUUUUUUUAUUUCUCUCAAUUUCAAUAGAUUCUCCAAUUAGCCUUGUGCAUAGUCGUAAACUGGUUUUGCACAAACCUCAUUGUCGUCAAAAUCAAUUUACGUGACCUCGUGUUGGGCACACUAAAAUUAAAUAACCUCGCAAAAUAUCGAAAUGUGAUGUAAUACAACACAGACCGACUCUCUGUGUUGUAUUACAUCACAUUUCGAUAUUUCGCGAGGUUAUUUAAUUUUAGUGUGCCUUUCUCCUAAUUUUCAAGCUUGUGUGCCGCGCCACGUCGUCAUCUUACUUGCGCAGCAGCAACACGUUGCCGUACACUCAUUGAUAUGCUAAUUUUCUCUGCCCCCUCCCUCUCUCCGUCCCCGCCCCCCCUCUCUAUAUUUAAGGGACCGUCACAGAAACGACCCCUCUCUCUGUGCCGAUAUGUGUCCUCUCUCUGUGUGUCCUUGUGAUGUCUGUCUGCUUAUGUCUGUCUAUAGUUUUCUAUUUCGAUUUUUAUUGCUAUUUAUUUUAUGCCUGAUGAUGAUUGCUUGUGUUGCAAUCGAAACGUCGCUAUUAUUUUAAUUUAUUAUUUUAUUUUUAGACGUGACUUAACCGAAAGAACCAAAGAAUAAUACAAUGUUUAAGCUAAACCAGCGAAGACCGAAGACCGUCUAGCUAGAGCCCUGGACUCCCCUGGGACGCCGCCCUUGUCAGGGCCGCGCAGGAACGAGCCAGCGGCGUGGUCCCGAGAACCAGAGCUAGUGCUCUGGGACUCCGGGUACCGUAGCCCGACUUACCAGUGUCGGGCCAGUCAGCCUCCCCUAGCCCGUUAGUGGAGGACUAGGAGGUAGGUCAGAGAUAGCUAGCAGUGUAUUCCCAGCUAGCCGGGUGAGGGGGCCGAUACCCCCUCCAGUAUUGUAUGUCCGCGGUUGUGACAACUGUUGCGGAAUAAAUACGU